AUCAAAUAUGUUGUCUUUGUAGCAUAUUCAACUGAAUAUGGGUUGAAAAUGAUUUGCAAAUCAUUGUAUUCUGUUUAUAUUUACAUCUAACAAGAUUUCCAAACUCAUAUGGAAAUGGGGUUUGUAAUAACAGGACGUUAGAACUGUGUGAAUGAUGCUAGCAAUGUUAGCUCGAUUUGUUGUGUAGCUAGCUUGACCUUAUAAUACAAAAUUUUAAAAAGUGUAUAAAUUCAACCAUACAGUAGGGAAGAGAUUAACGAGGCAACACUCGUCGGUGGCUCUCCCGUGAGACGAAGACGGGUGUUAAGCCUUUUGCAAUGCAAAUGAAAAUGAUGGAAAGCGCCACUCUAAAUAUCUACUGACACGGUGGUCAAAUCUGGAAUUACCACAAAACACAUUUUAAGAUAUUCAAAACUCUACUGCUGUCUGGCCCCAAUGUGUCACGUUUCAUGUGUCAGGUGAAUCCCCCUCCUACUAUAGCAUAUCAUCUUGACGCAUACUCCGACUGGGGACCAAACCCAUUAUAACAACGUACCACGGGGAAAAAGUAAGUGCUUCCAGGAAAAUGUGCCAUUAUAUUCUUAUCGGUGACGGAGCAGGAAGGUAAUACAGGUCCCAUUCGUUUACCAGGUUUUAGAUUUUGCACUCCCCAAAUGAAAUAAUCCUAACCCAGGUGCUUAAUACUGCUACUCAAUCCAGGGCAAUGUGAUUUUAAUCAAUGGAUAACACGGGAAAGAUGAAUGCAAAUGAAGAUGACAGAAAGGACAUCUCUGACAAAAGUCCAAACUUUGUAAAACGUAUCUCGCCAUACGUGUUUUCUUCUCUUUUCUAAAGAAGACAUUGACAGAGCCUCAUGCUUUCUGAAACAUCCAGGAAGAAAUUACAUGGCAAUCAAUCCAAGUGUAUUUAUACAGGCCUUUAACCACAAAAGCCUCAAAGGGCUGCACAAACCACAAGGACAUCCUCGGGUCCGAUCCCACAUCAGGGCAAGAAAAAACUCAACCCAAUCGGAACGAUGAGAAACCUUGGGAGGGACUGCAGAUGUGGGACAUAAAUGCUUCUACUGUGGUAACAUCUAUAACUGUUACCAGUAGGGCAUUCCAACGUACUAGGGCCCGAAUAGUAGUAAGUAUCGUAUUGUCCGUACCAUAGGGCGCACUGAAUUAUAAACCGCAUUGCUGAUGAAUGAUCCAUUUUUGAUUUUAUUUAUAUAUAAGGUGCACCAAAUUAUAGGGCGAAUAAAGGGGUCAUAUUAUUAUUUUUAUUUUCUAAAUGUAAAACACUUCCUUGUGGUCUACAUAACAUGUGAUGGUGGUUCUUUGGUCAAAAUGUUGUAUAGAUGAUGUUUCACAGAUCAUCUUCAAGCCACUUUCUGAAAGUCACUUCAGGAUGCGCCGUUUUGUGGGCAGUAUUAUUUACCUGGCUCACCUUCGACAGCGUCUACUCCCCGUCAUCUUUGUUGUAGCGGUGUAGCGUGCAAGGACGGGAGUGGAAGAAGUGGCAAAAGAUGGUGUUUUAAUGGCAUUCAGACUUUAAUUAAAUCAAUAACGGAGCAGCAUCUCCACAUCCACCUGAAAUGUGUCCCGUGGUGGUUGGUAGUGGUUGGUUGCUACUAUAACACCAGUGUAGCAUACUACAGAUGUUAACAGCACAAUAGUAAAAUGAAAAAAAUGGUAGAGACAACCCACAUAUGUCAGGCUUUCCCCUGACAGUUUGUUUGUGUCUUAUUUUUUUUCCUCUGCAUUUGUCUUUGUGUUUAGUAUUUCCUAUUUUUAGUUCCUGUCAGUGCUCUUAUUUUGUUGGUUUCCUGUGUUUCUCCCUGAGCGUUUUUUUCCCUCAGCUGUGGCUGAUUGGCACCUGGCCACACUUGUUGUCAAUCAGCCCGCUUCUAUUUGAGUCUGUAAGAUUUUAGAUUCUAGAUUUGUCGUUGCCACAUGUCGCACUUGUCUUUGCUACCUGUCGUGUCGUAUCUUGAUGUGUCAAUGCAGCGUUGUGGUAAGCUUUGUUUGAUAGCUGUUUUUAGCUUACUGUCUUUUGUUCCCUGCUUCUGUUUUGUUUUUAAGUACAAGUACGACUUAUGUUUUGCAUGCUAAAGUUCCUUUUUGUUUUCUAGCUCCCACGCUAGCUCUCUUAGUUUGUUAUCCGCCCACGUGCGUGCUUAUUGUUUGUAUCCUUUGUUUGGUUUCGUUCUAGUAUUUUAUAUUAAAACCAUGUUUUCUCACUCCAUGCCAGCCCCCGUCUCUGCAUCUUGGGGUUCGUCACAAACUAACUUUGACAGAAUAAUCCAGCACUGACUCGAGGACAAAAACAGACUCAAAUAGAAGUGGGCUGAUUGACAACAGGUGUGGCCGGGUGCCAAUCAGCCACAGCUGAGGGAAAAAAGAGCUCAGGGAGAAACACAGGAAACCGACAAAAUAAGAGCGAUGACAGGAACUAAAAACAGGAAAUACUAAACGCAGAGGAAAAAAACUAACACACAAACAAACUGUCAGGGGAAAGCCUGCCAACAUAAGUCCCUGGGAGACUGCAAAGUUUUCUUCUGAAUCCUAGGAAUCUUUUUGUUCCAAAUAAACUUUAAGAUUGAGCAAUCAAGAUCACGGAAACAAUGUUUUGGGAUAAAUAUAGGUAAGCAUUUAGAGAUGUCCGAUAUUAUGUUCUGAAAAAUGCUUUAAAAUGUAAUAUUGGAAAUUAUCGUUAUCGGUUUCAAAAAGUAAAAUGUAUGACUUUUUAAAACGCCGCUGUUCUUCGGGGGUCAAGGGUUCGUCCAUCCCUGCAGACAUUCUAUGGUCAGUAGUUGGGAUCUCUAGCGAUUAAAAAAACGUUUGGUAGAGGAGUAUAUGGCUUUGUAAUAAGUCUUAAAUUGAUUAAUUAUGGUUAUUGGAUCAACAGAUAUCAAGGCACCAGUGUCUAUUGAUGAGAUAUGCGUGGACGAAGAAAGUUUCCGAAUUUGCUUCCAAUUGCGCUACGACUCCAUCUGGACCGAAGUUACGGGGUACCACUCCGGCACGCCACAAGAGAUAGAGCUGUUUCAAGGCGAGGCUAUCGUGCAGAUCUCGGGGAAGUACGCAUAUUACGUGCAGUCGGUGGUGUUCACCACCAGCUUGGGUCGUUCCCUAUGCGGCAAGCCACUGGGUCAUUCCUUCAACAUGUUCCCCACCAACAAGAAUGCUGAGCUGCGCUUCAUCAGUGGAAGGUUCCGCGGGGCCAUCACCGCCAUUGGGGUCCACUGGGCUGUUGUCGUUGACCCUUUGAAUGGAACUACCGAGCAGCUGUAAUUCGCUCACCCUCAGAGCAGCUCAUACUUUUAUUCAAAGACCAGUGUCACUGUUCAAACUCUGUGAAAGGUUACAGUGGCCCAAAAAUAUUGAAUUAAAUUACUAGCCCCCCGCGACCCCGAAAGGGAAUAAGCGGUAGAAAAUGGAUGGAUGGAUGGAUGGGUCUACUACACCAGUGGUCCCCAACCACCGGGCCGUGGCCCGAUUGGUACCGGGCCGCAGAAUAAUUUUUUUUAAAUUUUUUUAUUAAAUCAACAUAAAAAACACAAUAUACACUUACAAUUAGUGCACCAACCACAAAAACCUUCCUUUUUCAUGACAAAAACGUCCCUUUUUCAUGACAAAGGAAAAAAAAAAAAGGAUUACAAUAAAAAUAUUGAAAAAAAUACCGGCAGUGGUAAAGUUAAG